GGCUUGGGUUGUUAAUACAGUACGUAUCCAAUCGAUCUCCAUGGGGAGGCGGCGUCGUUUCGUUUCCCUUCUCCUCCUCCCCUGGAACGGCCGCAAUGAAACUGGGGGAAAGAAAGAAAGAAAACAGUCCCUUGAUUUUUUCGAUUUCUUUGUUUCCCAACGCCGCCAAUCGCAUCGACCAUCAGAUCAAAUGAUUUCUUGGUAGCUAUUUAUAGGGGUGUCAGCUUCAGACUAUAUACGGGAUCAUCGUGAUUCAAAUCGAAGCAAAAUGGCGAUUACGGCGUGGAGGUUGUUGCUUCUUCUUCAACCCACCAGGGUUUCUCUCUCUACAACACUAACCUCUCUUUCAUCCCUUUCUCGCUCCAGAAUCCCGUUGGCAGUUGGUGAGAAAUUUGAGCCUCUGAGGAGGAGAUGGGUUGCGAAGGGGAUUGAACCUUCAGGGAAAAAUCAUGUGAAAAGAUCUCACUGGAAAUUGUGUGUACAAAGUUGUUAUACCAACAAUUUCUGUAAGUCAGGAAUGAAGUUUGGUAUGCGGAGCUUAUUCGGUUUAUCAGCUGCGUUCGGAGCGAUCUGCUUUCGGCCGCGUAUAGUGUACGCAAUGGAUGGUUUUGACAUUUUGGGAGACGAACAUCGUGUAGGGUUUCGGAGUCCUACAGAUGCAGAAGAAGAUCCUGAGGAUGUCUUGAUAUUGGCUAGAAAACUGUUGCCACCUGCUUUUCUCUUCAUAACUGUGUUGGUGAAUUGGGGUCAUCCCGUCAUCCUUGUGGCUAAAAUCAUUCUCAUUCUUCUUGGUACAAAGCCACGCCCCUUCUCAGUCUAUCUCUUUAUUGAACAGUUACGGCAAAAGUUUAUUCACCAACAGCCUUUGCUGUACAAAUUUAAGUUAUUAUAUGCCAAGAAAGUUGAAGUGGAUGACUACAAAUUCUUCUGCCUGGCUCGAGUCGAGUUAAACAAUCAAGAGUUCACUUUGAUUGGAAUCCUGGGUAGUUGGUGGGUUUUGCCAUGGUCAACAAUUCAGGAAGCACUUUUGAUCCCUAGGAACAAGUUUUUGCAGAAUUAUUUGAGAAACUGAGAGGAUAUGUAAUCUCGUGAGAUGUUUAAUCUACCGAACUAAUAAUGAGAGAUUGCUAAUGUAUAUCUCAUCUUUUUGGGAUUUAUUUUCCUGUGGAAAUUGUAUUCGACAGCCGGAAAUGCAGUGUGCUCAGUUUUGUUAUCCAAUUUCAUCUCUAAUAUGAUCAAUAUCCCUGUUGAUAUCA